AUGGAGAGAUGGAGAGCGCAAAAGUUCUUAGGGAACUCUCUAAGAAGAUCGAUGUUUUGGCAAACAAGCUAGACGAAAGAACUGUUGAAGGGACAUCAACACAAGCUAGAACUGGCACUACAAGAAGAGUCAAGUCAAAACCUCAAACGCCAAAACAAUGUCGAACUGACAGUCGUGAUGUUUAUAACACACUUCUCAAAGAUGACCCUGACUUUGAAGGAUUUCAGCUAAGAGAAAGGUUAUCAUCACCAACAAAUAGAAAAGKCCUUGAAAGAUUAAUCAACAGUGUUGUUAUGGACCAGGGGGGUGAUGCCAAAUGCCCAUAUAGCAAAGCUGAAAUAAGAGUUGCUCUUUCAACGUAUUACAAGUCUCUCAAAGACAAUAGGGGGCGGAAGCCAAAGAAAGAUGGCACAGAUCACAAAAUGACAUGCAGAAGGCAAAACCGCUUGCGAGAGAAAAUUGCAAGACGUUUAUGGGCCGUUGAAAAAAUGCAGGUUUCGGAAAGAGCAAAGGAGCAUGCUACAGAAUGCCUUUCAUUAAUGGAGUACAAUAGCUCUGAUGAGAGUGAUGUUGACGAGGUAAAUGGCAAGAAGUAUUUUUAUACUAAAAAACUGCCAUGGGAAAGCGAARGCUUAAAAAAUGUCAAAGCCAAUGCAGACAAACUCUACAAAAGGGACARUGGGGUUUACCUCUAUACCAAGCGCCUUAGGCACAAGGACUAUUCAAAACGACCUGUACCAGACAGCCCAAUAAAAUGGGCUGUCAAAACCUCUAAAAAGUCAUUGGACUUUGAUGAGUGAAUUUCUACAUAAUAUUUUAUUCUUUUUAGUUGAWAUUAUUAUAGAGUCCACUCGCUUAAUCCAAGAAAAAUAGAUAGCACUAUUUGCCAAAUGAACAUGCUAAUAACAUAAAUUACUUGUUUACAUUAUCAAAGCAACACUAUUUAAUGGAGUGGUUUUCAUAAACUUGUCAAACAAACUUUGUGUGUUUUGGAAUAUUAGAAUUACAUAUUCUUGUCCCCUACACUGUAAUUAUUACACUUUGCUUCACAUGUUAAUGAAAACCCCUCUAGUAAUUCUGUGCUAUUUAUUUUUUGAAUAUUUUUAUUGA